AUGGCUAUCUCACGUGCACAGCCUCUUGUCCCUCUCAUGCGAUCUCAUUUCUCAAAACCGCUCACGACGUCGAUAUCCGUUCAAUCUCGCGCUUUCAACAUCCCUUCACUCUCCUCCUUUACCCCCCAGUUUUCUGCCCCUCCACCACGCUCUCUUUCCGCCUCACGGACUCUUUCUUUCCCGCCGCUUCCACUCUUCCGCAUGAUCUCUGCUGUGGAGUCAUACCGAGACUUUCUUCCUUUCCUCACCGCGUCUACCGUUACAGCUCGCGACCGUACAACUGGCUAUCCAACCCAGGCCUAUCUUACGGUUGGGUACGGUCCACUUAGUGAAACCUUCCAUUCUAAAGUAGAAUGCGACGAAUCUAAAUGGACCGUGGGAGCAAGGAGCGGGGAAAUUGCAUUUCAACGCAAAGGGGAGGAGGGAAAGGAUGGCGGCUUGUUUGAAUAUCUAGAUACAAUCUGGAAACUGGAACCCUUGGAAGGGAGAGCCGUGGGAAUGGAGAUGACGAAGGUGAAUCUAUCCGUGAACUUCCGUUUCAGAAACGCAAUGCAUGCUGCCAUGAUGAGCGCAGUGGAGAACCAAGUUGCUGGGUUGAUGAUUGAAUCGUUUGAAAAGAGGGUCAUUGAGGUCGAGGGUCGGAAGUGA